UAUUACCCCAGUCACUCUCUCUCUCUCGUCUCUCUUUGAUUGUCAAUCUCUCUCUAGACUCUCUGUUUCUCUCUCUAGCAAAGCAGGUAUAGGUCAUGAGAGCAUUGCUACUACUGAAAUAGCAGGUGAUUGUAACGAAAGUUAUGGGGACUGAAAAUCCUGGUCGUCCGAAUUUUACUACAAGACCUGCCACUGCACCUUUUGCUGCUGCUCCUCAGACUAUGAUGCCUUUUUCAUCUUCAGGUCCCGUGGUUGGACAGGAGGCCUUUGGUUUUAGACCUCCUCCACAUGUAACUCAACAGACGCCAUUUUCAUCAUCUGGGCCAGUGGUUGGAUCAGAUGCCCCCACAUUUAGUUCUACUCCACCAGUUGCUCCACACACUAAUGCGCCUUUCUCAUCAUCUGGGUCUGCAGUUGGACCACAAACCUCUCCUUUUAGGCCUACCCCGCCAGCUAGGUAUAAUGAUCCAUCUGUGCCUCCUCCGCCAACAUCAAGCAUCCCACCGACUGUUGGACCUUUCUCCCGUUUCCCAAACCCACAAUAUCCUUUAACAGCGCAAGCACCCCCUCCACGUGGUCCACCUGUAGGCCAACUGCCAUUUCAACCUCCUGCAGGUCAAGCACCAUUUCAACGACCGCAGCAGCAGAUACCUUCUGUGCCAAUGGGAGCUCCACCUCAAAACAUAAAUUCUGCACCACCAAGUGUGAAUGUUUUUCAGUCUCAAUCAGAUUCGUCAUUCCCAGCUCUCCCACCAAAUGUUCAAGCAUCUUUUCCUGGAUUUGCCCGUAAGCAGUCUAGUGCAGAUCCACAAGCCUCACCCAUCCAGUCUCCAUUUCUUACUCAUCAAGGAAACUAUGCAGCUGCUCCACCAGCAGUAUCUUCCCCUUUUGCUGCUCACCAAGGAGGUUAUGCUCCACCUACUCCAGGUGCAGCUCCACUAGGUUACCAGUCAAGAGACCACAUGCAACAUCCUGGCUCCGGACCUCCCCUUGGUGCUGUCCAAGCCUUGACGGAAGACUUCAGCUCACUAUCUAUUGGGUCUGUUCCCGGAACAAUUGAACCUGGACUUGACCCUAAAGCUAUGCCGAGGCCUUUGAGUGGUGAUGUGGAGCCAAAAUCACUUGCUCAGAUGUACCCCAUGAAUUGCCAUCCUAGAUUUCUACGGCUUACAACCGGUGCAAUACCAAGUUCUCAGUCUUUGUCUUCAAGGUGGCAUUUACCUUUGGGAGCGGUUGUUUGCCCACUUGCUGAACCACCUGAUGGGGAGGAAGUUCCAAUUGUUAAUUUCGGUUCUGCCGGGAUUAUUCGCUGUAGAAGAUGUCGGACAUAUGUGAAUCCGUAUGUAACAUUUACAGAUGCUGGAAGAAAGUGGCGUUGCAACAUCUGUGCUUUACUUAAUGAUGUUCCUGGUGAUUACUUUGCUCAUUUGGAUGCCACUGGCAGAAGAAUUGAUUUGGAUCAGCGACCCGAGCUUACACAGGGUAGCGUGGAAUUUGUUGCUCCAACUGAAUAUAUGGUGCGGCCUCCUAUGCCGCCGCUGUAUUUUUUCCUCAUUGAUGUUUCCAUAUCAGCAGUCAGAAGUGGUAUGAUUGAGGUUGUGGCCCAAACUAUACGGUCAUGUUUGGAUGAGCUCCCUGGCUACCCCAGAACACAAAUUGGGUUUGCAACUUUUGACAGCACAAUACAUUUUUAUAAUAUGAAGUCUUCUCUGACUCAGCCUCAAAUGAUGGUGGUCUCAGAUCUGGAUGACGUAUUUGUUCCAUUGCCAGAUGAUCUUCUUGUCAAUUUAUCUGAAUCAAGAAGUGUUGUGGAGACUUUCCUUGAUAGCUUGCCGUCCAUGUUUCAAGACAACGUUAAUAUGGAGUCUGCUUUUGGCCCAGCUCUGAAAGCCUCACUUAUGCUUAUGAGCCAACUUGGGGGGAAAUUGUUAAUUUUUCAGAAUACACUGCCAUCUCUUGGUGUUGGCCGCUUGAAGUUGCGUGGAGAUGAUCUUCGUGUCUAUGGAACUGAUAAAGAGCAUCCUCUGAGAUUACCAGAGGAUCCUUUCUACAAGCAGAUGGCUGCAGAAUUUACCAAGUUCCAGAUAGGGGUAGAUGUAUAUGCCUUCAGUGACAAGUACACUGAUAUAGCCUCAUUAGGUACUCUGGCCAAAUAUACCGGGGGUCAGGUGUAUUAUUACCCAAAUUUUCAAUCCACAAUUCAUGGAGAGAAGUUGAGACAUGAGUUAGCCAGAGACCUUACUAGGGAAACUGCCUGGGAAGCAGUCAUGCGCAUAAGAUGUGGAAAAGGAGUCCGCUUUACAUCUUAUCAUGGGAACUUUAUGCUAAGGUCCACCGACUUACUAGCACUUCCAGCUGUAGAUUGUGAUAAAGCAUUUGCGAUGCAGUUAUCUCUUGAAGAGACGUUACUAACUAUUCAGACAGUAUAUUUCCAAGUUGCUUUGCUAUACACUGCUUCCUGUGGAGAAAGGCGUAUUAGAGUACAUACAGCUGCAGCACCGGUGGUUACAGAUCUGGGAGAGAUGUACCGACAGGCUGAUACAGGUGCCAUUGUCACCUUGCUUUCCAGGCUAGCAAUUGAAAAAACUUUGUCCCAUAAGUUGGAAGAUGCUCGGAACUCUUUGCAGCUAAGAAUUGUCAAAGCCCUUAAAGAAUUUCGAAAUCUCUAUGCUGUACAACACCGCUUGGGAGGGAAGAUGAUAUACCCAGAAUCUCUGAAGUUCUUGCCUUUGUAUGGAUUAGCACUUUGUAAAUCAGCACCUCUUCGUGGAGGGUAUGCAGACGUGUCACUUGAUGAACGUUGUGCAGCGGGCCACACAAUGAUGACUCUACCAGUUAAAAAACUGUUGAAGCUCCUAUAUCCUAGUCUGAUACGGCUCGAUGAGUAUCUUUUGAAGGCAUAUGCUGAGGCUGAUGACUUCAAAAGCAUAGAGAAUAGGUUACCACUAGUUGCUGAGAGCUUAGAUUCCAGAGGCCUUUACAUAUUUGAUGAUGGGUUUCGCUAUGUUCUAUGGUUUGGUAGAGUUCUUCCACCUGAUAUAGCUAAGAAUUUACUUGGGACCGACUUUGCAGCGGAGUUAUCAAAGGUUACCCUUCAUGAGCGCGAUAAUGAAAUGUCGAAGAAGUUAAUGAGGAUACUUAAGAAAUUUAGAGAAAGUGAUGCUUCUUAUUAUCAGCUGUGCCAUCUUGUAAGACAAGGUGAGCAGCCCCGAGAAGGUCAUCUUGUACUUGCCAAUCUGGUUGAGGACCAGAUGGGGGGAACCAAUGGUUAUGUUGAUUGGAUAAUUCAAGUACACCGACAAGUCCAGCAAAAUCCGUAGUAUAGAGGAUAUUUAUUAAGCUAAUUGCAUGCCUCAUCUGUAAAGUAGUGGAGCCUUUGUUCAAUAUGGUGAAUAAUUUGAAUUUACCCAUGGGAUCAUCCCCUGCCCUAGAGUGAGAGGCUGGUUGAGUUGAAGAAAUGGGUGGUUACCAUGCAAGAUUUUUGGACAAUUCGUUACUUCAUCGCAGGAUGCAAUCAUCAAAGGAGAUGUACUUUAGUAGUUAUAUAAUCUUUAUCUUGCCGUCUUCAUGUUGGGAAGAAACACAUUAAAUUUUUGUAUGUGAGAUCAUUUUCUUUACUUUGUUGUUAGCAAUUUCUCUGCUUUGUUAUAAUUCCAUAUUUUUCCCCCUCCAGUCUGUGAUUGUUUUAGCCAGAGGACAGAGGUGGUGUGAUAAGUGCACCGUGCUUACAAAACACGUUGGAUUUUUUUGUUUUUUUGUUUCCUUUUCCUGGUCAGAUGUUGGAUUUUGUUGAGAUAUA